AUGGAUAAAGAAUCUUUACCCACUCUGCUGGAACUUGCUGCAAAGAGUCUGAUGAGUAAUGAGUCUGCAGGUAAUCACGCCCUGCAGGUCCUUCCUAAACAUCUCUUCAUUCAGUUGUUCACCACUGCCUUCUUGGGCCGACAUAAGAAGAUGCUAAAAGCAAUAGUGAAGGUUUGGCCAUUUCAGUGUCUGCACAUCGGGACUCUGAAUAUAGGAGAAUCACCCUAUGACAUCUUGAGAGUCUUGGUGGAUGCUCUGCAGUUCCUCCCCGCCCAGGACACUUCUUCAGGGGGCUCCAAACUGAGGAUCCUGGAUUUAAGACAGGCGUUGGACUGUGAAAUAACAUGUUACUACAAGGCCAAAUACCCAUUCUGUUUUCAGUCCUGUGUUUAUUCUCAGCAUUCCAUCCUUAACAUAGAAGAGAACGAGCAUAGCGUUAGGUGCCUUGGAAUGGGUGCUUCAGAGUCUGGGUCUGUGUCAGCCAGAAAACCUAUUGAAUUAUUAGUGGAUAUUUCCUUCACUUGUACAGUGAGAACAAAGCGAUUCAUUUCUUUUGUUAAGAGUAAGGUUGAUCAGAGUUCUGGGUCCUUGCACCUCUGCUGCAGAAAUGUGCAAAUUGAUAAUAUAUGUAUGCACACAAAGAGCCUGCGUAUCCUAGAUCCAGUAUGCAUUAAUCAGCUGGAGGUGAAUCGGGUUCACCUGAGGAAUAUCACUACACUUUUUCCUCAGUUGAUCCACCUCAACAGCCUUAAGCUGACUGCCAUUCCAUUUCAGUCUUGUGAGGGGAGAAACUUCAGCAUUUUUCUCAACUGGCUUGAGAAGCUAGACAUCCUCCAGGAACUCUGCUUGUCUUCCUUCGGCUUCACAGAUCAGCUGCACAGACUGCUCAGAAUCCUGAAACCUCAGCUGACUACAUUGAGUCUGUCUCUCUGUCGUCUUUCUAACAGAGAUGUCACUGAUCUGCAUGAGAGCUCUCAGAUCACCCACUUAAAACAUCUGAAUCUGAGUAGCAACAGUAUAUUCCGGGAAGAUCCUUCACCCUUUCUGACUCUGCUGGAGAAGGUCUCAAGCACCCUGCAGCAUCUGGAGAUAAACAACUGCAAAGUCACUGAUUCUGUUCUCUCUGCUUUGCUCCCAGUUCUGAGCCGCUGUUCCCAGCUCCAUGUCUUUAGCUUUUCCUUAAAUCCCAUCUCAAUGCCUGCACUCAUGAACUUUCUGCAACAGCUAACAUCCUGGGUGAAGCUUCGGUAUGUUAUUUGUCCUGUCCCUCUCCAUUGCUAUGAGCAAGGGAAUUUUCAAGUCAUUUUGAACCAACAGAAACUGGCAGAAGUGCAGGAACAACUGAAGAUGAUGCUAAAGGUGGCAAAGAGGGAAGACAUGUACUGGUCCACUUCUGAGUGA